AGAACAAUUCUUCUCCCUCCUCCUUGUAACAACCUUUUACGUACUUGAAAACUGUUUUCAUGUCCCCUCUCGGCCUUCUCUCCUCCAGACUAAACACACCCAGUGUUUUCAAUCGUCCUCCUAGCUCAGGGUUUCUAGACCUUUUCAUCGCUAUGUCACCCCCGCUAGCCCCUGCCCAGGGCUGGCAGGAGAGGCUGACCCCAGCUGGGGCAGGAGGAGGGCAGCGGCUUCCGCCCGAGUCCCUGAGCCUGCUCGUGCAAGCUGCCAGUUCCUGCCCAGAGCAGAGCAGGAGGCUCCCGCCCAGCCUGAAAACGAAAGUGAAUCUGCCUGGGCCCAGCUUCCCCGACGCCCGGCCUGGGACCCUCCAACCAGGGCUCCAGGCUCCAGGCUGUGCCCAGCUCUCGGAGGAAAGCCCCAGAUCUUCCCCCACCUCCGCCUCGUCCUGGCAGCCGCUCGCUGAGACUCCUGAAACCAGAAUGUUGAAAAAUCUCGCCCGGAGCAAGUUCCCUGAGAAGGAAGUUUUAUCCCUGGACCCGGACACGGCUCACCCUAACCUGGAGAUCUCGAAGGACGGGAAGGAGGUGACAUGCGUCAGUCAACGAAGGUAUGUCGACUCCAGCCCGAGGAGAUUUGACACAGCGAACUGCGUGGUGGCCAAGCAGAGCUUCAGCGCGGGGCAGCACUACUGGGAGGUGUUCGUGGGCCCGAAGUGGCGCUGGAACCUGGGGGUGGUCUCGGACCGAGCCAAGAGGCAGGGAAGGUUGAUCGAAAUGAAGUGGUGGCCGUGGCCCCCUAGCAAGGUCUGUGCCGAGGGCUACUGGCUGAUUGGCUGCGACCGGCAGAAGGCCGGGAAAAAGUACUGGAUAUUUGACACCAAUCCAUGGCCCCUGGAUAUCUGUCCCCGCCCUGAGAUCAUCGGGGUCUACCUGGACUACACGGACGGGGAGGUCUCCUUCUACAACGUCGAUCACCGCAACACACUGACCCACAUCCACACUUUCCACACAUCCUUCGGCAACAACCCUGUCUACCCCAUCUUCGACCCCUGCUGGCACGACAAGGGGGGCAACACGCAGCCCCUCAAAAUCCUCUGAGCUGCCGGCUCUGUGGCAUCCCAGGGCGCCUCGUCCGAUGGCCACCGCUCGGCAUAUUUCGCUCUGCCCCACCUGAGGACUUCCCUUGUCUGUGGGCCGAGGAAAGACAGAAAUUGCCACUCUGUCCCAGAGACGGGGGUGGGUCUCUCCGGCUCGGUCACUUAUCGUCGCCAACUGCUUCAGCAACCCCCUCGAGGACAGUAAGAGAACAACCCACCCUUAUUGGACAUUUCUUCCUGACCGCCAAUAGGCAAAGGUGGGUUUAGAGCCCUGAAGCAUGAAGAUUGGGAGCUCUCAGGCCAUUUUGCUCCUAACAGAAGUGGGGAUGUUCUCAUUAUCCCUAUAAACCUCCACUGGUUUUCUGACCCCUCUCGGCUGCUGCGACAUCCUGUAGCAGUGAGUUCCGCCGGCUCGUCGGUGCUGUUCUCUUGUACGGCGCUAAGAAAUCGUUAAACAAGCUGGGCCGCUGCAUGGCAUAUGGGAGACACUUUGUGGUAUUAUUAAUGCCAAUAUUGUAUCAUUGCGAUGACUCUGAGCAGAGAGGCCACAUACAGGAUCAGUGAAAACGUCAUGAUUUGCCAAGGAUGAUGAUGAUGUUUAUAUGUGUACAUCACCUUUGUAUCACGAGUUACAGGUAGGUGGGGUAGAUCUGUAUUUCCAAACGUGU